AUGGUAAAGAUACAUCAUUCUAACAUAUUAGAGCAUAAUAAUAGACUUGACACGAUCACAGAUACCGACGGGACGACCAAAAAAUGCGGUCGUGAGGGCACAAAUUGCGAGGCUAAACCCGACGAAUUGCCCAUCACUAGUCCCAAAGUGAGUGCAACGCAAACACCGAAACCCAGACCGAUAGCAGAGGUGCCGACACUACGGACUCGCAAACACUGCGAGAGCAUUGCUGUCCCGAUUGUGACCGCAUUUGUGACAUAUAUGCAAACGUUUGCCCCAAACUACCCAAACAGGCCUCUACUGACAGCCCAUCAGUCGAGUCAACGCCACCGCCGCUCAGCUCAACACCCAUUACUCUUUAAACGCACUGGUUCUCUGCUUGACGAUAAGCAGCAUUAUAGUGAACGGACGCCUAAAGUGGUCACACCCGAAAACACCGAUCGGGUUCGGGAACUACUGGUUAUGGGGUUAUUUGAAGUCUCUAGCGACGUGUGCGUCUCGUGUUAUCACUUCCAUCAUAUGAUUAAGAAAACUAUAGAUUGGGUUGACUUCAGCCAACUCUUCAUUGACGGACACCUAUCCACAGGCGAUUGGUUGUCACACGUGACCGACUUCUGGCUCACGUACGGCACUGUGAAUCACCCGAACGUACUGUUCAUAGCCUACGAGGAGUUGAUCGCAGACUCGGCGGCAAUGAUCGCCACAAUCGCCCGCUUUCUCGGCAAACAGUUUACGGCCGAAACGGUGGCAAACAUUACGACCCACUGUUCGCUGCAGACUAUGCGCGACAUUACGAGGAACUCGGCGGCAAUGAUCGCCACAAUCGCCCGCUUUAUCGGCAAACAGUUUACGGCCGAAACGGUGGCCAACAUUACGACCCACUGUUCGCUGCAGACUAUGCGCGACAAUCCGAUGGCCAAUCACUCAGAUAUUAUGACCGCUUCGGCCAAACCCGGCGCACAGUUUGUACGGAAGGGCAUAAUUGGCGACUGGAGGGCACACAUGACUGACACACAGUCGGCACUGUUUGACGAGCGCUUUGGGCAACCGUUGCGGGCGAUUGGCCUCCGGGUGUUCGACAACUUGGCGUCAGCCGAGACCUGUAUCCGCACCACCGGACGUAUCAUUAAUAAUUGGAGGGGGAGGGGUGAGCAACAAUUUUGUCUAGGGUGUCAAAAAGGGUCUAGAAUUCUUAACAAGUGCAAAAGUAAUAUGAGAAUCACCCAUAAGGGUACGGCCGGUGCCCUUCCAAUAGUAGCCAUUGUUUUGAAAACAGCCAAACCUUCGGUCUAUAAUAUAGAGUCUAUACUAACGAAGGGAAAUAGUUGUGCGCCAACUGUCAGUCGUGUCGGGCAUUUGUAUAGAGCACUAAGACAUCCGAAGCUGUCAAUUAAUGCGUUCAGUCUAAUAAUGUCUUCAAAGCAAACAUUUGUCAACACAUCUAAUGAGGGAAUUUGCGACCAAUAUAUGAAUCACAACUCACAACACAAUAGCGUUAACAUUGAUUACACGGAAUCGAUGGACAAAAUGUUAAAUAACGUUUUAUACGCGGCAAUAAUUGACACAGAACCGGAGGCACAGGAAAGCGGUGUCCAAAACGGACGACAACCGCAACAACAGUCACGACUGGUUGUAGUCUCCGGUCGUUCGCAACGUAUUGUCCAAAAUAUAUUGGACUUCGGGUUCGGCGGCGACCGGAAAGCCGACGACGAGUUUCGGACACUUCUGGACAAUGCCUUCAAAGGUAAGAGUCGUACGAAUGGAGUGACGGAUAGAGUGGACGACGAGUUGUGGCGCGGAUUCGCUGUAUUCACGAGAACUACAGAUCGCAACCGAUUUCAACAGAUCUCGAGACACAUUGCGAGACAAUCGGCACAAAACAAACCCAGCAUUUGGUUUAUGUUUACCGGUAUACGUCCAGGAAUUGCACGUUCAGUGCCGGCAUUGAUGACAAUCCCGGCAUUUAAGGCAUCGGUGGAGAUGUCGGCCCAACUCCUGUCCCCCCUGGGCGUCGACGCCAUCGAGUGUUUGACCGAAACAAAGGAUAAGAUGACAGCAUUGGAUAACCAGAACAUUCAUCGCGUGUUUAUCGCAAUAAUUAUCUAUCACUUGGCAUUUGAUGACACAUUGAACGCCGUAGGGAUCACUCCCGACGGCUAUUUAGGCGGCUCUCUGGGCGAACUCAUGUGCCUAUAUAUGGAUGGUCUGUGCGAUCGACGCCAGUGUCUGGCCAUUUGUCACGCAAUUUGUCCGUCGGUCGGUCCGCACCCGUUGUGGGCGUUAUGCGCAACAAACGCUUGGCACGAGAUUCGGCGCCAUUGCAUGGAUAGGACCGACAUAUGCCCGUCCGGACACUUCUCGGAUAGCUGUGUGACCGCAUACGGCACCGAAGUGGCCGUUCGUGAACUGCGCGAUGUGUUGGGCAACAACAAUGUGCUGGAC